AUGCUGUACUAUGUAUGUAAAAUAUGCUAUCCUCUAUAUCUUUUAGAGUCAGUUGUGUAUGAGAAAGUAAAGAAGGUAUUGACAAAGAAAAGAUUGAAGUCUGGAAUCCAGAAAGCAUCAACUAUCGCCCAAACAAGUUGCCUUGAAGGCUUCCACUCAGUUCUUAACCACUUCGCACCGAAGAUGAUUGUUUUCUCAUAUCCUGGAAUGUACAUCAGGUACAGCACUGUAAUUUUAACCUCCUGCUAAAAAAGGCCUUUGUAUUAUGAAUACUCUUUCCAUCUUUUGACACACAGGGUUUGAAUUAGUUAAGGGAUAUAUUGGUAACUAUAGGAGGAAACUAUGGAGGUCAUCUAUAAGUUAAAAUUUUUUUUGCAUAUCAUUUUUAGAAAUGUGUGUGCACAAUUUUUUUUUAUUUUGGCCAUAAUGAUGUGCAAAUUGCACAUGAUACACUGCUAAUUCAAACCCUGCAGACACAAAAUUCCUUUUCGCAUUGAAUAUGGAUAAUUUGUUUAUAUUUUUUAAUUUAGGCACAUCCUUGCAGCCAUACAUUUCAACAUCAAUCUGAACCGAGAUAAUAAGAUUAAGAAAUCAGAUGGUUCCGAGCAAGUUGUUGUUGUCUAUCCGAAAUUCAAAAAUGGAGAGGCCACUGUCAAAGGUGUCAAAGUGGAAGCAGAUUUUCGUAAGUUAUGGUACUAAUAUGCAUUACUGUAUCUAUUUUAUUAACCCUUUAAGCCUCAAUGCCCUAGCCAGUCACUUUACUUUGUCUCACAUACUACGAAAAAGCUCUAGGUUUGUAGAUAUACGAGAGAUUUCUUGAUAUGCCAAGAGAAAUACGAGACAUUUCUUGAUUGCCAAAAAAACAAUCAUUUGAAGAAAGAACUUGAAGACUUGGAAAAAAUUACCCCUGAGUUCAUGAACACAAUGAUGGAGAAGCAGUCAAGAGAAGAGGCCAUCAAGAAGAAUGUUGAAAGAAAGGCCAUGGUGGUAGAAGAUGUUCCUCCAACCACGGCAGGUACAAAACUUGAAUUUAUCAAUACAUUACAGACUAAAUUUCCACAACUGAGCCCUCUGAAAAUUAUACCAAUGACUUUAGUAACAGUCAGAGUGCCAUCAAGUUUGUGCCUAAUUGAUUAACAAAUACAAUAGCGUGGCCAGCCAGACUAUUUAGUCCCGCUAUGCAAAUAUUUUCGUGUUCAUUGACUGUGAAAAAAAUAAAUUUCCAAAGAAAUGAAUAAUGAUAAUAAUUUUGAAUUUGCAUAGCGGGACUAAAUUGUCGGGCUGGCUACGCCACUGAACAAAUAGAUUUUGCCAUUGUUCAUCAACGUCAUAAUUUUUAAAAUUAUUAUAUAAUUAUUUUUAUAGUGUCUGAAAUUGUUGAAAACCCCACAAGCCAACGAGCGGAGCCCCACUGCACCUUGUGUGGUAAACCCAUGAAAGGACAUAAAAAUGUUUUGGAUUGUCCAAAGAACCAGCAUAGCAACAAAUGA